AAGAAGCGGAAGCUCAGCGUGAGAAGGAAAAUGAGAUGUUUUGUGUAUGAAGUUAGUCAGCUAGCGUUAACUAAUAUUGUUUUUGAAGGGACCAAGUAAAGAGGUUAUUUCUCGAAGGAAGCAUUUUCCUUCUGGUCUAUAUCCUCGGAAAUUAGAUAGUCCUCCUGGACAACCCCGUCACUUUCUCUGAGAACAGGAACUAAGUGUCAGCCAGGAUGGACCCAGCUCUACUGAGAGAGAGGGAGCUGUUCAAGAAAAGAGCUCUGUCCACUCCAGCUGUAGAGAAGCGACAGGCGUCCUCAGACUCUGGCUCGCACAAGAAGAAGAAGCCCAAAGUUGAAAAGGAGAGCUCUUCAGGGUCCAAACAUAGCGCUGAGUCUAGUAAUGGCACCUUUAACAUCAAGGCAAGCUCUGGGUACAAAUUUGGCUGCCUGGCCAAGAUAGUUAAUUACAUGAAGACAAGGCAUCAGAAUGGUGACACACACUUCUUGACCUUAGAUGAGAUCCUGGAUGAGACCAAACUUCUUGACAUCAGCAUGAAACAGAAACAGUGGCUCAUGACUGAGGCCUUGGUCAACAACCCAAAAAUUGAGGUACGUGAUGGGACAUAUGGCUUCAAGCCCAAGUACAACCUGAAGGACAAGAAAGCCUUACUGAGGCUGCUGGACAAACACGACCAGCUGGGUCUGGGAGGAGUUCUGCUGGACGAUGUGGAGGAGGGGUUGCCCAACUCAGCCAAGGCCAUUAAGGCUUUGGGAGAUCAGAUCAUCUUUGUGACAAGACCAGACAAGAAAAAGAUCCUUUUCUACAAUGACAAACACUGCCAGUUUGUGGUAGAUGAAGAAUUUCAGAAACUGUGGAGGAGCGUUCCAGUCGAUUCCAUAGAUGAAGAGAAGAUUGAGGAGUACCUGAAAAAACAAGGCAUCUCCUCUAUGCAAGAAACGGGGCCAAAGAAAGUGUUACCAGUUCAAAAGAGGAAGAAGCAAGGUGGGCAGAGGAAGAGACACUUCAAGACCCACAACAACCAUUUGGCAGGAGUACUGGAGGAUUAUUCGGAUGGCGUUCCUGUAAAGAAGUGAAGACCCUUCCGUCACUGCUACAUGCCCUUGGAGGAGCAAUGUAGAAUCUGUAAAUCAUAAAUGGCUGCAGAUGGAGACUCUGGCCACACUACAAUACAAAGACUUUUCAUGGGUGUCUGUUAUAUCAAACAAAAUAGCUUCUUUUCCUUUAUUUUUUGCACUCCUCUCAGUGAUCAGUGGUCUUGUAUUACAUGGAGUGAAUGGCACCUGUGUUGUGGAAUCCUUUUCAGUUUGUUUAUUGAUCAGUGAUAACUGAAUGGCACUGGAGGGAAAAAAAAAAAAGAGUAUUGCGACUAUUAAGGACAA